GUGACACCCAUAUCUCGGUAAUCAGAAGGUAUUAACCCAAACCCAAUACAGAUAUAGAUCCGUCGCGAGAAGCUCUACAAAACCUGAUAUAUAGCUUUCUGCUUCAACAUAAUUUUGAAAACCGGCAAGGUCCUUUGUAAAUAUUCUUUGUGGCAGCAAAUCCAGCAUUUGAAGUGGAGCUUGGUCAGUCCAUUCUAUCCAGUAGCAUUCUAUGUUAUGUGACAACUCUCCAUGACCUAAAGCAGUUUGUAGAGAUAUUCGUCAAACUCGCGCAAUUAAAAUAUGCCCAUUUCUAUUUGAAGAACAGUGGUCGACUGAACAGUGGUCUUAUUCUUUUGACAAUUGAAAAUCAAAGUUUGUUGCACAAUUUAUCGGUUUAUGCACUCGAUCGAAAGUGUUUUGUCAUGUGGUUUUGAACAAUUUCUUGUGUUUGUAAUAAAUAAUCAGGAUGUGUAUUGCGAUGAGAGCAAAAAGCAUUUGUUCCUUGGCAUUCCGUUGGCUGUUCCAUUUUUAGAUAUGGUUUUUGAAAAUAAAUCUUUUAAAAAACAUUAAUUUUCAAUAACAGUAUCAAAAUAAGCCCAAAACUUAAUCGUUAUCUCGGGAAAAGAGGAUAAACAAAUCUAAAACGCGUGCAGAUACAUUUGUGGCUUCAAAAUACAAGCACAUACAUCUAGUUGCGUUUUUUCAUUCUAAAGAAAACUCAGGCGCAUCUGAAAGAGAAAUAGUAUUAUAUGCGUGCAGAUGCAUCUGAGGCUUAAGACGCGUUUCGGGCGUAACGGGUGUUACAGAAAGAAUGAUGUAGUUUUUAUUUUCAGUUUUUCUCUCCCUUUGAACUCACAGAGCUCAGGUUAUUACCGAAAGAUUCACCAUUCAUUUCUCUACAAAAUGGUGUAUAGAAGACGAUCUUAAGGUUUAAGACGCUGUCCUAAUUGAAUAAACAUCGAAAUGUCCGAAAAACUUAGAAAAUUUAACAAAAAAAAGUGUAUUUCGUCCGUAUGAAUUGAAACGUAUACGUUGUAUCUCGAGCAAGUAGGCCAAAAUGUAUCCCUUAAAAUUAUCUUCCGAUUAGCUAUAAUGCGCAUUUUCUAUCGUUAUUUCUGUGUUUUCAGUAAUGAUUUUUGCAAAAGCCUUAUGACUGUUUUAUCAGCUUUUUUAGUCUGCAUUUUGGGGCUAUUUGUAAAAUGAAUAUUGCUCACGUCAGAUAAAACUGAACCAAUCAGGUUCAUUCCUGCGUCAUUUUAAAGAAAAAUGUUUGGUCUAGUCGACUCGAGUGCGAAACGCUUGAUGUAACUUUUCUGAAUAAUCGCGAUGUUGAAACUGGCGUAUAUUGUUCAGCAAUGGCUGCCAGUUAUUAACCAGUCAUUUUUACCACAUCAGAUCGCUAGAAGGAAAUGAGUCUUGCGCCAUCUGAACGUCCUAAAAAAUUAUGUUAGCAUCUUCUUCCAAUCACUUUCAAAAUGGAGUUCAAACUUCAAAAUUUAAAUUUUUUAAGUUUUUCAUACAUUUCGAUGUUUGUUCAAUUAAAACAGCAUCAUAAACCCUGAGAUCAUCUUCUAUACGCCAUUUUGUAGAGAAAUGAAUGGAGAAUCCUUUGGUAAUAAAAUGAGCUAGCUCUGUGAGUUCGAAGGGAGAGAAAAGCUGAAAAUAAAAACUACAUCAUUCUUUCUGUAACACUCGUUAAAACAUAUGGAGUCAAAACAGAUUUGACUGGAGUUGUUUUGCAGACGACUUGAAGAAAAAUCUUUUUUGCUAGUUACUUAUAAACAUAAGGACAUGACUAAUCCAAAAAUAUCUCUGCUCAGGUCUCUUCCGUUACCGAGAUAAAAGACAUUAUUUCCUAAAAACUGACUCUUAUUUAUUGCUCCGAAGGCAAGAUUUUUGGUGAAAUUGAUUACUUAGGCAGCUGUAACUUUGUACUUAAAUUCUCUGACAGUUGUAAUUUUAUAAAAACGUCUUCGAGAGAGCGCGCAAAUUUCGGGCUUUUUCCAGUUUUAACCACUUCCGGUUUUUUCACGUUUUCUACCAAGGAAAACUAAGCUCGCACCUAGCAACAUGUCUCUAUACUGUACUCAAGCUACUUAUGGUUAUUUUAUUCAUAAAAUUAUGAUUAUCAGCCGGCAGAAAAAGUGGUUAUUUUACAGAUAAUGUCUUGUAUCUCGGUAAAAGGAAAAGAUCUGAGAAGAGAUAUUUUCGAAUUAGUCAUGUCUUUAUGCUUAUAAGUAACAGUAAAGAUUUUUCUUCAACUCGUCUGUAGAAAAACUCCAGCCAAAUCUAUUUUGACUCGAUAUGAUAAGCGUCGAAAAGCUUUUACGUACAUAGAAGGAUUGUUUUAUUAUAAGAUUGUGAACUAUAAAAAUGAUCAAAUAUUUAUUAUCGUUAGCUGGUAGUCCAAUUGGACAACUGUUUCAGAUGAAUAAUGCUAUCAGUAAUAUCAUUUACCAUGUCAUUUCCCUCUGAUAUAAUGGCCUAGGCUGCAACUGUGUAGAAUGACUAUUAUUAUUUGUCUUUCUUAAAUAAAUAAAGUUUAAACUAAACUAAUAAUGUUAUAAUCAUCAUAAUAAUUAUAUGAACAUUCCUGAUUAUAUGAUGAAAAAAAAAAUAUACUAAUAAAUAAACCUGUGGUAGUACCUGAACCUUGCAUGCUGUUGAUGUUUUUUUAGUAUAUAUAACAUAAGAUUCUGAAUGAAAACAAAUUUUUCAUUCCUUGUUACUUCACAAAACUUGAAACUACAUAUCUAAGGUAUUAAGAUACAGUGCAAUUACACCAGAUUAGAAGGAAAAGAGAGGUCAAAUCAUUCACGUUUAUUGGUUUAUGAAGGUAAACGUUAUUUCUACAUUGAAUCACAAAAGAAAAAAAAGAAAAUUGGUUAUGUAUGCAUGGAUGAAUAGAAAAACGUGGAUGAGAUAAAGGUGAAAUAUUUUACAUGCUUCGACUUUGUUUGAUGCAUGAAUGAUCAAAAUAAACAUCUUAUAUCUUCAAUAUGUACGAUCGAAAUUAAAUAUUUUAAGUUCUUAUUCUAAAACUCAUAAAAUGUAAUUUGAUUUAGGAAUAAUCUGCAAUGGUUAUAGUAGACAAAAAAAUUUAUUUUCUGCAUCUCAUAUAUAUUUCUAAGUCAUUUUAGAUUAAAAAAAAACAUUUUCUCUACUACUUACUGAUAAAAGAGAAAAAAUAUGUUGGGAAGAAGAGUCCAUUUUAAACUUAUAAUAUCAACUAUCAUUAAUAUUUGUUUGUUAGUUACAUUGAUUUUCAGUUAUAAUAAUCUAACCAAACCGCCUAAUAAUGAUACAAGUGAUGAGGAACAGUCAAUUACAGUUAAAGAUAGAUUAUAUGGUAAUAAUGAAAAAUAUUCAUCAUUCUAUUGUACAGGCAGUAUGAAUAGACCAGAAAAACUUGAUCAACGUGUUUGUUUAUUUCGUAAUAUUUGUUAUGAUAAACAUAUAAAAGAAUUUAAUUAUUAUAAACCAAUAACAUCAAAUAAACAUCCAAUAUUAUUUCAUCCUCGAGAUGGUUUAAUAUAUAACUUUUUUUAUAAACAAUUUAAAUUUGUUAGAAUUGGUACGGCUUAUAGAGAAGCAUUAAAAGAACAAAAUUAUUUUUCUCCAAUAAUUAUUAAUGGAUCACUUCCAAUUAGUGAUAAAAAUACAAUUUAUUUAUCAACUCUUCAUGUAUUAUGGAAAUGGUUUAAUUUACCAAAUUUUAAUCUUGGUCAUACGCUUUGGGAAGAUAUUGCAUCAACUUACAUAUCAAUGAUGAGAUUAAAUGUAUACAGUCGUAAAGCUGUUUUACUUAGUCUAUAUCCAUUACCAAAUAAUAAAUCAUCAGAAUAUAGUAGAAUUUUCUCUCAAGUAUUACCAUCAUUUAUAAAUAAAUAUUUAUCAUUAAAUGAUUAUAAAAAUAGAUAUGUAUGUUUUAAACAACUAUUAGCAGGUGGAAAUGUAAAAAUAUUUGAUUAUGAAGAAUCAAUUCAAGGUAGAGAAUCUUUAUUUUAUAAUUUUCGUACAAUGAUAUUAAAAUAUCAUGGUAUUGAUUUAAAACAUCCACCAACAAAACAUCGAAUAUUACUUGUAAAUAAAACACACUCAGGAUGGGAUAAAAGAGUACGAACGAGAAGAACAAUUUUUAAUUUAGCUGAAGUUAAAUUAUAUUUGGAAAAAACAUAUCCUAAUAUACCCGUUGAUGUUAUUGUACCACAACAAUUACCAUUUUCUCAACAAUUAAAAGAAUUAUAUAAAACAACUAUUCUCAUAACACCAUGCGGUGGAAUAAGUGCUUUUAUUCCAUUUCUUCCUCGACGAGCCUAUGCUAUCAUAAUGGAUUAUUAUGCUUCAUACAAUUUUAUUAACCAUAAAAAAGGUGAUAGUGCUUCAAUGGAAGGAGUCGUAUGGAACCAUUUUCCUCAUAUAACAAAACUCUACUAUCAAAUUUACAAUUCAUCUGAUUGGGUAUGGGAUCUACCAAAAACAAAUAAUACAAGAAUUCAUGCAUCAAUAGUUAUUAAAAUGCCAAGACUCAAAAAACUAAUCGAAACAGCUCUUGAAAACUCAAUUUUUGCAACAAUGUAA